GUUUAUCUCAUAUCGCAAAAAAUCCCCUUAUAAAACACCACUGAGCUGCUCAUUCAAAGGUGGUGUUUGCACAAUAUGAGGACUUCAUUCUUUCUAACCACCAUCACCAUCUUACUUCUCACUGGAUUUUACGUUUCACCAUCUUUCACGGUUGUGAUUACUGGCGUUUUUACUUUGCUAUCGGUUCUAUGCUUGGCUCUGGUGUUUGUACCUUACUUUAUAGAGUUGAUCUCAACCGAUAACAGGCCACCUGUCAUCGGACCAAUAUCCAGUCAGCUUAUACAUUUCAGGGAGCUAUACGAUUACAUGACAUCAGUUGCUAAAAAGUAUCCUACUUUCCGUCUUAUCGCACCAACACACAGUGAAGUUUAUACUGCUGAUCCUGUUAAUGUUGAGUAUAUUCUCAAGACCAAUUUUGCCAAUUACACCAAGGGAGAAUACAAUAUCGAUAUAAUGAAAGAUCUUUUUGGAAAUGGGAUUUUCACGGUGGAUGGAGCGAAAUGGCGUCAUCAAAGAAAGCUUGCAAGUUUUGAGUUUUCAACCAAAGUUUUACGAGAUUUUAGUAGUGUUAUUUUCAAGUCCAACUCUGCAGAACUAGUGAAAAAGAUUUCGUUAGCAGCAGCUGAUGAGAAAAUGGUGAAUUUGCAGGAUUUGUUAAUGAAAUCGACCUUGGAUUCGAUAUUUAAGGUAGGAUUUGGGUUCGAUCUUGAUACUCUAUCUGGGCUAGAUGAGGAAAGUAAUCGCUUUAUGAAAGCUUUUGAUGAUUCAAAUGCUUUAGUAUACUGGCGAUUUGUUGAUCUUCUUUGGAGGGUAAAGAGGUAUCUAAAUGUCGGUUCAGAAUCCACACUUAAGAAAAACAUCAGAAUCGUUGACAAUUUUGUGUAUGGAUUAAUACAGAACAAGAGGGAGCAGAUGAAAAAUGGAAAUCUUUACAAAUAUAAAGAAGAUAUACUGUCCAGAUUUUUGAUGGAAAGUGAAAGUGAUCCAAAGAAUAUGACGGAUAAGUAUUUGAGAGAUAUAUCGCUGAGUUUUGUGAUUGCUGGAAAGGAUACAUCUGCAAAUACUCUCACUUGGUUCUUUUACAUACUUUGCAAGCAUCCCUCGAUUCAAGAAAAGGUUGCACAAGAAGUGAUAUCAGCUACUGAAGCCGAUAAGCAUACAUCCAUGGAUAAUUUUUCACUCAAGUUAACUGAAACUGCACUUGAUAAACUGCAUUAUCUUCAUGCAGCGUUAUCUGAGACUCUCAGGCUCUAUCCGGCAGUUCCCUUGGAUGGCAAGAGUGCGGAGAAAGAUGAUGUUCUUCCUGAUGGGUUCAAGAUUAAGAAAGGAGAUGGUGUAGGCUACAUGGCGUAUCCAAUGGGUAGGAUGACCUACAUUUGGGGAGAUGAUGCAGAGCAAUUUCGACCAGAAAGAUGGCUCCACAAUGGUGUUUUUCGACCUGAAACCCCUUUCAAGUUCACUGCAUUUCAGGGCGGGCCAAGGAUAUGCUUAGGGAAGGAAUUUGCAUACAGACAGAUGAAGAUACUGGCUGCUUUUCUCGUUUAUUUCUUUAAGUUCAAAUUGGUGGAUGAGAGUAAAGAAGCUACAUAUCGAACCAUGUUUACCCUUCACAUGGAUGAAGGACUUUAUUUGUAUGCAUUCCCUCGUUUCUAAGUAACAAGAAAAAUUGAAUCAUUGUUGACCA